AUGAUGAUUUCAGAUUCUAAAGCUUUUUCUUCUAUUUUCAAGACUCCUGACAAGUUUGAGAUUAAAUUUGAUGAUGAAGAUUUUAGUAAAUACGAGAAUGAUGAUGAUGAACUAUAGGAAUCAGACAACAAAUACUUCUCUUCUCCAGCAGAUAAAGACAGUGAGCUUAGCUUCAUAGAUUAUCUGAAACAGAAUUCGCAUUAGUCACAAAUCUAAGCACUUAUAGAUAAAUAUCACUAUGGGGCAAACUCAAAUAAUAAUAGCAACAAUCAAAGGAACGAUGAAAACUUUAGACUCAAGAAGUAGAUGAAAUCAAUUAAAGAGGAAGUACUAGAUAUUCUAAUGUCUUUGCCGAAUUCAGAUGAUGUUCUUUCAAAUAUAGAUGAAUCAUAUCAUCUGCCAUCAAUAGAAAUAAAUCAGAUCUAAAUGUUUAAAAAGGAGUUUUCCUAGCUAUCUAUCCCAAUUGACAUAUUUGAGAUUACUGAGAGGUGUGAAGAUCUUGAAAGAGUGUAAAAAGUAAUAAGUUAUUAGCUGUCAUUCAGUGUGAUGAAAAAUUCUGAUAAAUUUGUAGAAGGGGUCACCAAUAUUAAAGGAAUAUAAGAUGACUUGCAAAUAGUAAAAGAAAUCAGCUAGAAUUCAACUUAGACUGUGGAAUUUAUCAGGAAAAAAAUAGCUAUUACUAUGUAUAAAGCAAUAUUUUUAAAGAGAAAGCAAAAGAGACUGUAAAUAGUUAAGGAUAUUACUGUGAAAGUAUUAAAAUAAUUCUGUGAUAAUGAGAUAUAAGUGAAGAAACUAUUGUAAAAGCACGAUUUUAAAAAGGCUCUCAUUCUUUCAGCCUAAAGCAUUAAUUAAAUUACAGAAUUCCAGCAGUAGUUUUCCUUCAGCUGUCUCGAACUCUUAAAGGAUAAAUUUCAAUUAUUGGUCUUGAAUGUCAAGGAUAAAUUAGCUUAAGGUUUAAAUUUACUCAUACUUAAGUAUGACUAAUAAUUAUAUGAUAAAAUUCUAAAAGCUAAUCAGUAACUAUGUAAUGAUCAAAAACUAAACUUUAGUGAAUACAUAGCGAACAAUAUAAAGGAUAAAAUAAGACAGAAUGUAACUUAAUCUAUGAAAAGAUCUCUUCUGAAAUAUCAAAAGAACUUUGAAUAACUAUAGUUGAUAGGCAUAAACUAUUAAAAUCCAAGGAUUAAGCUGGGGACUCUUUCUAAAAUGCUAGAUAAAACUUACUAUUUGCAAGCCAUCUGCGAGCUGUACAAAACUUUGUCAAAUCUAAUGUAUAAUCAUCAUUUAAUUACAAGAUAUCAUUCCCUCUCAGACAACGUGCUUAGCGAAGAAUAAAAUGAUAUAAUUAGGUAUCAACUAGUACAGGAUAGAAAGUCUUUUUGGCAGUAUAUUUAAGAGAAAUUGAUUAACUUUUUCCAAAGUACUUAAGAAUUAGCAGAUGAUCUGAGUAUAAGGGAAUUGUUUGAUUUACUAAUGCUUAGUAAUAGAUUUAUUGAUAUGGGUUAAGAAUUCGGAGGUGAUGAUGAAUCUAGCUAGGUUUCACUAUUAAGAUAUUUAUCCAAUGAUCUGUCUAAUAAAUACAUCGAGGAUUUCAAGAACUUUCAUAUUUAAAAUGUCAAAAAUCUAUUAGAAAGAGAGGAAUGGGAUAGAUUACCGAUUCCGGAUAACUUCGUGAUAAAAGAAAUUGAGGAUCCAUUUGCCGAGUAUCCGAAACAUAUGGAUUAACUUUUAAAUGUCUUUUCCAGUUAAUCUAGACCAAGUAUAGCUGGAAUGGAAGUAAGAGAUAGCUAGCUACCUGACAUAGGCAACUUAUCAAAGAAGAAGAGUUCAAAGAUUGUUUCUCAUUUCUCUUAGUUUGCUGUAUCAAAUCCAUUUGAAUAGAUUCAAUUUGUCUCUGCUUAAAAAGAAUAGAGGCAUGAUGUGGCAGACAAAAAUGAAUCAUUUAUCAUCUGUAUGACUGAAUAAGAAAUGUCAGAUGAUGAAGGCAAUCGAAGUUACGAUGAAGAUGAUAUGAUUGAUAUUGGCGAUGAAGAUAUGAAGUCUGGAGGACUUGAAUUAUAAUACAAACAAGGUAUAAACUAAUUUGAUAAUGGAGUUUAGAAGUCACUCACAUUCUAUUAGUAGUAGAGCAAGAUAAAGUUCGACAAGAACAUGAUUCUAAGUCUAUCAGGUCUCAACAUAAUCAAGAGCACUAUUGCUAAAUAUAUAGAGCUAAUGAAUGUAUGCAGACACAAGAGCUUCGAUAUUUUCAUAAAUCUUUGCUAGUCUUUUGAACUAUAUUUCUUUUCAGCUUUUCAUAUGUUUGCUUAAAGCCAGUAAUAUAAAAGACUAUUUGAAGAUUCAGUCUAUGAAAAUGUUGACCCGAAUCUUGAAGAUCUCUCAAAAUAUUAAGAUCUACACGAACUUUACAUUUUCCAGUAAAGAUAUAAGUACCUUAAAAACUUCUUAAUUCGAGUCAGGAAUUUUGUAGAGUAAAAUUAGAGUAGCUAGCAACUCAAUUGUUCUAUACAAAGUAAUCCAGUGCUCUCUAUCCUAAUAAAGACGCUACCGAAUGCUUAAAUUUUUGAAUUAUUAAACAGAUUUGAGUAAGAUGUUCAGUAUUCUCUCUAUAAAACAAUAGUUUGUGUCGAGAGUGUGCUAUUCGUUUAUGAAUAGAUUUCGAGUAAAAGAAAUUUGAUCAAACGAUUGGUCAAUACCUAAUAACAAGCUUAUGUGAUAUAAUAUUUCAACAGCCUUGAUCAGACCAUUAAUGAAUUCAGGCAUUUCUUGUAUUAUUAGAACAUUCAUGAAGUUGUACCGCUUGAUCUGAGCAUCUAAAAUGUGGGAAAUAUUAAUUGGACAUUGAAGUCAAAGAAAACAGAUAUCUCAUCAUACAUUGAAAAAGUAAUACAAUCCAUUGAUUUAUUUGCAAGUAAAACUUUGACUGAAAUAUUUAAAAAGGGGGAGGGUGUAAGUUAAGCACCAGAGAUUAUUUAGAAAAGAAUGAUAUCAAUUUCUACUGAUUACAUAGCCCAGACUAUUAUUGAAUCAAUAGCUUAGAUAAAAAAAUGUAAUGACUUUGGUCGAGAGAGUAUGAAGCAAGAUAUCAAUUAUCUUAGAAACAUUGUUUAGAUGAAAGUAUUAGAUUGUCCAUCAUAAUUGUUAAAUUUGAUUGCUUUUGUUGAAGCCUAUUUCUUAUCGAGGGAGGAGCUAUUGGAUUUCGUUAAGCGAAACAGUGAUUCUAAUUUUACAUAUAAGCAGCUUAAGAAUUUGUUAUCGAUUUGCCAAUGUCUAAACAUAGGCAUUAAGAGUAGCGAAAAGAAGGAAUUUUAUACGAAUGUCGAUAUAUUUUUCAGAGAUUACUUCACCACAUUCAUGCUUCAAAACAAAAGUUCCCAUUAAUUAUGA